UUGUCAUUCUUGUUUACUCUUACAGAAGAGGUUGACUACAGCAGCUUUGGCACCAGCACUCUGACCCGGAAAAAGAAGGCAGUGGUCACUCUUCGCAACGACCUGAACCGCAAACGGCCCCACAUCCACAUUGGCAUGCCUCAGGAUUUCCGUCCCGUGUCGUCCAUUAUUGACGUGGACAUCCUUCCUGAAUCUCACCGGAGAGUUCGACUCUACCGGCAUGGCUCGGACAAGCCCCUGGGAUUCUACAUCCGUGAUGGAACCAGUGUCCGUGUUACACCCCAUGGCUUGGAAAAGGUCCCAGGUAUCUUCAUUUCCCGUCUGGUUCCUGGAGGCCUGGCCGAGAGCACGGGCCUGCUGGCCGUCAAUGAUGAGGUCUUGGAGGUCAAUGGCAUCGAGGUCACAGGAAAAACUUUGGACCAGGUGACUGACAUGAUGAUUGCAAACAGCCACAACCUUAUUGUGACUGUGAAGCCGGUGAACCAGCGCAACAAUGUGGUGCGCAGCAGU